AUGAUAAAAACAACACCACAGGUAACCACCACCUCUGGUAAGCUCCUCGGUAGGUCAGUAGACACCCCAUUUGGUCCUGUUGACCAGUACCUCGGAAUUCCCUAUGCCAAGGCACCAUUAGGAAAUCUACGGUUUCAGCCUCCCCGUCCAAUAGACAAAGAAGGAGCAGGCGUUACGCGAGAUGCCUCCAAGUUCGGCCCGAUCUGUUUGCAACCACCUCACAUAAAAGAAGUGAUUAGUCCACUUCUCCAAACUAGCAACACUGGCCAGCCACUGGCCAGUGAAGACUGCCUGACCCUGAAUAUCUACAAACCAGCGGGGAAACAGUUAGACAUUUUACCAGUAAUGGUGUGGCUUCCAGGUGAAGGGUUUGACUACGCUGAUGCUAGUCAGUUUGAUGGUACUUUUCUAGCAACACUAGGAAAGGUUAUUGUAGUAACAAUCAACUACCGAGUCUCCGUUUUUGGGUUCCUGUCUACUCUUACUCCAGAAGCUCCAGGUAACAUAGGGUUCUUGGAUCAGCGGCUUGCUCUUCGGUGGAUUCAAGAAAACAUUGGUCAAUUUCAUGGGAACCACAACAAAGUCACUUUUUUCGGUAGGUUCACAGGUUCCAUGAGUAUAAGUGCUCACAUAGUAUCGCCAUUAAACAAAGGGGAUAAUCAGUUAUUUCAUAGAGCUAUUCUGCAGAGUGGAAUAGCCACUGGACAGUGGAUAUUUGACAGAGAUCCUCUGAACGCUACCCAACAGUUAGCUGAAGCUACUGACUGUGAUUUCACUGCUCUGGACGCAGUGGUAAGCUGUAUGCAGCGAAUCCCAGCUGAAACUCUUUUGACUAAGUCAUUUAUGGUUCCUCAACGUUGGAGACCAAUAAUAGAUGGUCACUUUUUAGCAGAAGAUCCACUUUCUUCGGUCAGUAAAGGUCAACAUGCUGCUGUGGACGUGAUUCUAGGGAUCAACAGUGACGAAGGUUCAUUAUGCCUCUUAUCCUUGUUCGCUCAGAAGUCUGCAUUUUACCAAAAGAUACUGGAUGGAAAGCUGACAGAUGAAGACUUGAGUUACCUCAUAACGUCAGGCCUCAAAGAUUUUGUAAAGAAAACUGAUCAUUCUCUCAAUCAAUUAGUAGCACACGAAUACCAACAUUUCAAGAAUACCAGCCUGAGGGAUAGGUAUAUGGACUUCUGUGGAAAUAUGUACAUCAAAGCCCAAACAGAAGAGUUUGCUCGACAACUGGUUAAAAAUGGAAAUUCCAAAGUAUUUAUGUACGAGUUUAAUCACAGACCUUCUUUUUCAAUCCACCCUGACUUCAUACAGGCCGCUCACGGAGACGACGUUCUCUUCACAUUUGGCCUUGUGCACCAGUUGUCCCAAGUCCCGAGUGAAGAGGUAAACCUGACUAAAAGGGUCAUUGCUGCCUUCUCAAACUUCGCUAACACAGGGUAA